ACAAGAGGACCAUGGGUUCGGUAUCAGUUGUUGUCGUUGGUGCUGGCGUCGCUGGCUUAGCGUCUGCAGAUCGUCUUAUGUCUGAAAGCAGACCGGAUCUAACUAUUAACGUUACUGUACUAGAAGGUAACGACAGACCAGGCGGCAGGAUCUGCACUCACGUGUUCGGUGAUGAAAUUGUCGAACUAGGAGCGACGUAUCUGCAUGGAACGGUGAAUAAUCCUCUCUACGACCUACUACAACACUUCAGAUCAGCAGCAGUGACACGGUCAUCAUCAUCACCUUCCGAAAUGACGAUUCCCCGUAGGGGAUCCGGUGAGGGACUGAUACCAAGGAAACGAUUAUUUCAAACGAAGGGUCACUCAAUUGACUCCUUUCUUGUACACGAGGCUAAUGCAUUAUAUAACCGCCUGUUGGAUGAAUGCAAUCAGAUGGUUCUGAAUCCAUUUCCUCCCCCUUGUUUAGAUGUUGGUAGUUACAUGAAAAUGGGUUUGAAAGAGUAUAUGAGCAGCGAACGUUUACCGAGACAGUUAGAACACAGACACUUGGUUGAGAGUAUAUUCAACUACAGAAUGACAGAAGAGACUUCUACCUCAGGAUGUGAUAGUAUGGAUGAAGUAUCGUUGCACUGGUUUGGCGACUACCGAGUACUUUGUGGUGGGAACAGGCAUGUGGAUGAAGGAAUGAAUGUCUUGGUAGAUGAGUUAGUAGCAAAACUUCCAGAGGACUGCAUCUGCUUCAACAGCAUUGUUGAUAAAAUAUGCUGGUCUAAAGACACAACUUCAAAGCAGAAACCGGUAACAGUGUAUACAAGAUGUGGUAAAAGUUAUGAGGCCGAUCAUGUUAUUUUUACUGGCUCACUGGGUGUUCUAAAGCACCGAGGACUAGACAAUAGUUUUUCUGGCCUGUUUGACCCGUCACUACCUGAAGAAAAGCAGAGUGCCAUUAACAGACUAGGUAUGGAUGCUGUGGAAAAAGUGUUUGUCAGAUUUGAAAGAAGGUUCUGGCCUGAACAGUGUAGUGGCUACAACUUCUGUUGGCCUAUCCAAGAUAAAUCAAGUAAAUUUUAUAACGACACAGAUUUUUCUUGGAUGAAGAAAGUUGAUGGACUUCGUAGUAUACGUAGGUACUCUGACUCACCAGUCAUGUCUGGUUGGAUCACUGGAAAGGAGGCAGUCAAGAUGACUUCUGAAUCUAGUCAUGCUCUAAAUCAAAAGUUCCAUGAUUUAAUGGAGUACUUUGUCCACCAAAUGGAUAUUCCUGAGGUUGUUGAAGUUUUACACACCGAUUGGUGUAGAAACGAGUUAUUUCAAGGUGCCUACAGUUACCCUGCUGUUGGAUGUUCACCUAAGGAUUUUGACACUUUAGCUCAACCUCUUCCCCCUCCAUCAUCCUCGACAAAUGAUUUGAAGAUCUCACCACUACAACUGUUGUUUGCUGGUGAGGCUACACAUCGAAACUACUAUUCAACUCUCCAUGGUGCGUACUUGACAGGAAUUAGAGAAGCCGAUAGAAUAAUUUCAUUGUACGAACACUCAACAGACGCAAGCUAAACAACAACCUUUACACUUAGUGUUAACAAUUUUUAUUUGAUUUUAUUCAGUGUACGUACGUAUAUCAAUGUCAUAUUUAUAACCGUGGGAAAUGGCUUGCUCCCACUAAAUUUGUCAAUUGCUUGUG